AAAAUCUUCUUUCUCAAAAUCUUCUUUCUCUCGUCUCUGCGUUUAUUCUCUCUGGAUCGAAGUAGUAACUUUACGUCCGCGAUUUGGUCUCUCUCUCUCUCUCUCUUUCUAUCCGAUAAAUCUCAGGAGAAGUUAGUCGAGGUAGUCUGCUUCUAUGCCAUUUUGCCGAGAAAAUGGGAGAAGUUAAGGGAUGUUGGAAAUUAGGACGAAUGCUUUCAAAGGAUAACUCUGCAAACUCCUACAACGUCUCCCUUCUCUUAUCUCCUGUUGUUUCUGUUUGGGAUUGUAUUGUCCGUAAAAUGAGGUAUACCUACAUACCUGAGUGGGUGUAGUAGUCAUUGAGAUCAUCGCGCCUUGGUGUAGUGAGUUUGGUAGAAUCAAAGUAAAAGGAAACAACCAACUAAAAGAAGAAGCCAGUUAACAAAAGCAAGGCAAACAAAGACUUGUAGCAAUCAUGGAUAGCAGUAGCUCGAUGUGCAAACAAGCUCAGCCAAUUGUUAGAAAAGCCAGGAAGAAAAAAGUAAAAGGUGUAGUGGACCCAAUUAAACAAGCUGAGAAGAAAAAUAGACGUCUUGAGAAAGCUAUUGCUACUUCUGCAGCAAUUCGGGCUGAGCUAGAGAAGAAGAAGCAAAUGAAGAAGGAAGGACAGCUAGAGGCAGCAGAUGAAGAAGAUUCAGCAGAUGCUGCAAAGAAGAAGCAGGAGAGAGACGAACUGGAGCGUAUCAAACAAGCAGAGAAUAAAAAGAAUCGGCUGGAGAAAUCCAUCGCUACUUCUGCAGCCAUCAUGGCUGAGCUAGAGAAGAAGAAGCUUAGAAAACUUGAGGAACAAAAGAGAUUGGCUGAGGAAGGUGCUGCCAUUGCUGAGAAGAAAAAGAGACGUCUUGAGAAAGCUAUUGCUACUACUGCAGCGAUCCGCGCUGAGCUAGAGAAGAAGAAGCAAAUGAAGAAGGAAGGACAGCUAGACGCAGCAGUUGAAGAAGAUUCAGCAUAUGCUGCAAAGAAGAAGCAGGAGAGAGAGGAACUGGAGCGUAUCAAACAAGCAGAGAGGAAAAAGAGACGUAUUGAGAAAUCCAUCGCUACUUCUGCAGCCAUCAGGGCUGAGCUAGAGAAGAAGAAGCUUAGAAAACUUGAGGAACAAAGGCGAUUGGAUGAGGAAGGUGCCGCCAUAGCAGAGGCUGUUGCUCUGCACGUCUUACUUGGCGAAGAUUGUGAUGACUCAUACCGAAACACGCUAAACCAAGAAACAGGUUUCAAGCCAUGGGACUAUACUACCAAAAUCAAUCUUUUUAGUGGUGGAAUAAACAGAUUCUUUCCUCACCAACGGUGCUCAAGCUACGCGGUUCAUGAUAACAACAGAACAAGAGACAGUAACUGGUCGUCAGUCUCAUAUGAGCCUUUCGCAAGGGGAUGGGAUAACAACAACAACAACAUGGGAAUAUCAGCUGAUUUGUUUGAUACUCAAGCUGUGUCGUCACUACAGAUCUCUGAGAAUACUGACGUUGACGCAAUUGUCUUCAAUGGGAUGUUCAGAAGAUGACGACUGUAUCAUAAUUCCCAAGCAUUUGUAACUUAUUAAAAGUUUGUGUGCUGUUUUUUAUUUUACACAACCAAAACAACUUUUUCGUCUCUUACACUGUGCAAAUCCUUCAUCUCUCUUUAGCUUUUUAGUGAAGUGAGACUCAUACGAUCUGUGUUUUUGUUUCCUUUGUGGUUGUACUUAAUUUAAUCCUUCUCAAUUC